AUGAGUGAAUGUCCCGUUGCACACAAGAAGAGCAAUGUUGCUGGUGGUGGCACCCGCAACACUGACUGGUGGCCCAACUCCUUGAAGCUGGGGAUCCUCCGCCAGCACACUGAUGCCACCAACCCCCAGAGCAAGGACUUUGAUUAUGCUGCCGCUUUCAAGACCCUUGACUACUGGGGUCUCAAGAAAGACCUCAAUGCCCUUAUGACUGAUUCCCAAGAGUUCUGGCCGGCUGACUUUGGUCAUUAUGGUGGUCUUUUCGUCCGAAUGGCAUGGCAUAGCGCCGGCACAUACCGAGUCUUUGAUGGACGCGGUGGUGGUGGCCAGGGCCAGCAGCGCUUUGCACCAUUGAACUCUUGGCCCGAUAAUGUCUCCCUUGAUAAGGCACGCCGAUUGCUUUGGCCCAUCAAGCAGAAGUACGGCAACAAAAUCUCUUGGGCUGAUCUUUUCCUUCUGACUGGCAAUGUUGCCCUGGAAUCUAUGGGCUUCAAGACGUUCGGAUUUGCUGGAGGACGCCCCGAUGUCUGGGAAGCCGAUGAGUCAGUGUACUGGGGAAGCGAGAAUGUUUGGUUCACCAAUGCGGCUCGCUACGAGGCCGAGACUCCAGAGGAGAAGUCCAAGCAGAGCGAUAUCAAGACUCGUGAUCUAGAGGAUCCGCUGGCUGCUGUCGUCAUGGGUUUGAUUUAUGUUAAUCCUCAAGGUCCCGAUGGAAACCCCGACCCUAUCGCUGCUGCCCGAGAUAUCCGUAUCACAUUUGCUCGUAUGGCUAUGAAUGAUGAAGAGACCGUCGCCUUGAUUGCUGGCGGUCACACUUUCGGUAAGACGCACGGUGCUGCUGCCGCCGAUAAUGUCGGAAAGGAGCCCGAAGCUUCUGGCAUCGAGUCACAGGGUCUCGGAUGGCACAACAAGCACGGCUCCGGAGUCGGCACCCAUGCUAUCACCAGUGGCUUGGAGGUGACAUGGACCAGGACCCCCACCAAGUGGAGCAACCAGUUCUUCGAAUAUCUGUUCAGGUACGACUGGGAGCUGACCAAGAGUCCCGCUGGUGCCAACCAAUGGGUCGCCAAGGAUGCGGACGAUAUUAUUCCCGAUGCAUUCGACUCCAGCAAGAAGCACAGACCUCAGAUGCUGACCACCGAUCUUUCUCUGCGUUAUGAUCCCGCCUACGAGAAGAUCUCUCGUCGUUUCCUUGAGAACCCUAACGAGUUUGCUGAUGUAUUUGCUCGUGCCUGGUUCAAGCUGCUGCACCGUGACAUGGGCCCUCGCGCUCGCUGGUUGGGCCCUGAGAUCCCCAAGGAGCUUCUUCUCUGGGAAGACCCCAUUCCUGCUCCCACUCAUGCACUGAUUGACAACGGGGAUAUCGUUGCCCUGAAGAAUGAGAUCCUCAAUUCCGGUAUUGAGCCUACCAAGUUGAUUGCCACUGCCUGGGCAUCGGCUUCUACCUUCCGUGGUGGUGAUAAGCGCGGAGGCGCCAACGGCGCGCACAUUCGUCUCGCUCCCCAGAAGGACUGGGAUGUCAACAACCCCGCUCAAUUGCAGGAAGUCCUCGGCGUUUUGGAGAACAUCCAAAGCCGCUUCAACAGCGCUCAGAAUGGCGAGAAGCGUGUCUCAGUAGCCGAUCUCAUCGUCCUUGCUGGAGGUGCCGCCAUCGAGCGAUCCUCGGGCAUUCCUGUCCCCUUCACACCUGGCCGCAACGAUGCCAUUCAGGAACAAACCGACGUCGACUCUUUCAGCUGGCUCCGACCUUUCGCCGAUGGCUUCCGCAACUACGGAAACUCGACUCGCCGUGUGCGCACUGAGCAACUCCUCGUUGACAAGGCUCAGCAGCUGACCCUUUCCGCGCCCGAGCUGACUGUCUUGAUCGGUGGUCUGCGUUCUCUAAACGCCAACUGGGACGGAUCCAACAACGGUGUCUUCACCUCCCGCCCCGGCCAGUUGAGCAACGACUUCUUUGUUAACUUGCUCGACAUGAACACUGUCUGGAAGCCCACCGGUGCUGACAGUGAAUACUUCGAGGGCUUCGACCGCAAGACUGGCGCUAAGAAGUGGUCUGCUACCCGUGUUGAUCUGAUCUUUGGUCACCACGCCGAGCUUCGUGCCAUUUCUGAGGUCUAUGGUAGCUCCGACGCCUCGGACAAGUUCAAGAAGGACUUCAUUGCUGCCUGGGAUAAGGUUAUGAACCUGGAUCGUUAUGAUGUCCCCUGCUUCCCCGUGACCGGCCGUCCUCGUCUGUGA